AUGACAGCCGUCCGCGUGAUGUUCAUCUUCAGACAUGGCGGCAGACGUGCGAUAGCCCAAAGCUGGCAGCAGCGCCCUCAAGCGCUUCAACGAAGCUACGCCUCGAAGAUAGACAUACCAUAUCCGCGUGGAUCGACCAUCCCGACCAUCGAGGCCUGCCCCAUACCAACAUGUCAGUGCCAGGAGACGCCAUCUGGCCUCGACAUCGAGCGCGAGCAGAAUAUCAAUGGCUCUAUGGCCGCGUAUGCCGAGCAGGUGCUCAUCUCGACUGGGAAGAGUGACUGGACGAGCAAGAUCGAGGAUGAGGAGGAUGGAGUGCUCGUCAAGCGGCUUAAGAGCUUUCUCGGACCCAAAGGCAAAUACAGCGAUCCGUAUCACAAUGUCAUGCUCACGAACUCCUCCUUUGCGCCCACGAACUUACCAACGGCGCAACGAGAGACACCUCGCGAACCGCCUGCGGACAACCGCUCAGUACCGGCUGCGAAGUCUGGCAGCAAUGAUCCAUCAGACGUCCACGAUGCGGAACCUGCUUCGGCGUUCCUACUGCCCUCUUUCCAAUACGUCCCGACAAUACCUACGGACCCAGCCAGCGUAGAAGCGCUGAUCAAGGGCUACAUCCAACCGUCCCAGCUCCACCAGUCGCACGACCGAUUAUCACGAGCAGACAAGAACGUGCUGCUGCGACAGUCGGAGAUGCAGCGAAGAUUCGUAGGCUCAAGAAAGAUCGACGAAAUACUGGUCCUUAUCUGCGGUCAUGGCGGUCGGGACGUGCGAUGCGGCACCCUGGGCCCCAUCCUACAGCGGGAGUUUGAAGAGAAGAUAGAACGGCAGAACAUCCCUCUCCUCCGCGAGGCACCAGUCGCAGAGGCUGAAACAGUGGACACUGAUGCCGAGGGCUACUCGCCAUCUGCACGUGUUGGGUUAAUCAGCCAUAUUGGAGGGCACAAAUGGGCUGGGAAUGUGAUUAUAUACAUCCCGCCUUCGUUCAGUGGGAACGCUUUAGCGGGGAAGGGGAUAUGGUAUGGGAGGGUAGCGCCGGAGCAUGUGGAGGGCAUUGUUGCAAAGACGAUACUGGAUGGGAAGGUCAUUAAGGAGCUGUUUCGAGGUGGGGUUGGUCAGGACAGAGAGAUUGUGCGGCUUUGA